AAGACAGAGGGCGGGGAAUGCGGGUGGAAACCAGGGAAAUUCUCUUGAGAACCAAGCUGUUGGCUGGUCAUUGCAUCAGCCACUCUACACCCCAGGCUGGCCUUCUUAUAACCUCCUCUCCCUGUUUCUGUUCCCUGUUCUCGUUCUUGGCAUCAGUGUGAAGAACUGUGACUGUUAUGCAGUGGCAGCCGGGGAAGGCGGGGUGGAAAAGCAGAUGGCAAAUUCCUCUACUCCACUACUCACAGAAGCGACGCAGUGCAGCGGAGACCAUUGAGUUCUGGGAUGAGACCUGGGUUUCCAAUCCCAGUUUGGGCGUUUCUUUGUUACAAGACCUCGCGCAAAUCACAUCACCUCUCUGCUUCACCCCCCCGUUUCUUCACUUGUGAAAUGGGCAAAAAAAAUCAGCCUCCUAACUUCACCGUUGGAGGAGGGCAGGGCAACCCACUCCAGUAUCCUUGCCUGGAGAAUUCCAAGGACAGAGGAGCCUGGUGGGCUACAGUCGGUGGCGGUCGCAAAGAGUAGGACAUGACUGAAGUGACUAAACACACACCUUCACCGAGGCGGCGACUAGGUGCGUUACCACAGGCAAAGCCCCUGUCACACGGCCGACGCUUGUUAAAAGUGGGGGCCUCAUCCUUUGGGGAAACGAAACAGGAAGGAGACGAUGAAGGGCCGGUGCCGGCGCGAGUGCGCGACAGGGCAGGGUCGGCGGCGCUGAGGGAAGUUCGCCCUUGAAGGACAACGCUAAACUGUGUCUUUAAUGGCUUCGUUGGUGGCCUACGAGGACUCGGACUCAGAGGCCGAGACCGAGCUUGCGGGCGGUUUCCAUCCAGCUGGCCAGAUGGAAGACACUUCAGCCACGGUCAGACCUCCGGGGCAGGAUUUUGGAUCCAGAGUCCUAGAUGCAACAGGCGGGCGGGUGCCGUCCCCAGAGUGUGGCUCUCGUGAUGACCCUGCCAGGUGUCGUCUCCCACUGGCUCGGCUCUGGAGCCAGGACCCGGGGUCCUGCCCCAGCCAGAGGCUGCGGUGGCCCAGGCCGGAGCCUGAGGCUGCCUUCCCCGCCAGCCCGCCGGCCUGCCCCUCCCUGUGGACCAGCCAGGCCCCCGCGGGCCACGUGCCCCUGGCAGGGGCCUGCUUGAAGCAGGUGAGAGUCUGCUGGGAACCUUCCGGCUCCCCCGAGCUAUCUGUUGGUGCCCGAGCGGGGUCUGAAGGCCCAGGGAAAAGCGGCAGCUCCCUGCAGAGGAAGCGGCGUGAGGACUGUGUGGUACCUUAUACCCCGAAGAGACUGAGGCCGCUGCCGGUGCCGCACACAGGAGCAGACGGGGGCAAGGACGCGGAGGCCCGGGGUCCUCGCGCCGGCCGUGUCCCAGCCCCGCUCUGUGUGGCCCCUGAAGCGUCCGAGUUUAUCCAGCCGUACCUGGACAGUCAGUAUAAGGAAACCAAGAUUCCCAAGAAGGUGCUGUUCCACCUGCGGGGCCACGAGGGCCCCGUCAACAGUGUUCAGUGGUGUCCUGUGUCUGCCAGGAGCCACCUGCUUCUGUCGACGUCCAUGGAUAAGACCUUCAAGGUGUGGAACGCCGUGGACUCGGGGAGCUGUUUGCAGACCUACUCCCUGCAUAGUGAGGCGGUGCGGGCCGCCCGGUGGUCCCCCUGCGGCCGGCGCAUCCUCAGCGGCGGUUUCGACUUUGCCCUGCACCUCACAGACCUCGAAACAGGAACCCAGCUAUUCAGUGGCCAAAGUGACUUUAGGAUCACUACCUUGAAGUUCCACCCAAGAGACCCCAGUGUUUUUGUAUGUGGCGGCUUCAGCUCUGAAAUGAAAGCUUGGGACAUAAGGACCAGCAAGGUGGUGAGAAGCUACAAGGCCACCAUCCAGCAGACCCUGGACAUCCUCUUCCUCCGGGAAGGCUCCGAGUUUCUGAGCAGCACAGAUGCUUCAAGCCGGGACUCUGCCGACCGCACCAUCAUUGCCUGGGAUUUCCAGAGCUCCGCCAAGAUCUCCAACCAGAUCUUCCACGAGAGGUACACCUGCCCCAGCCUCACCUUGCAUCCACGGGAGCCUGUGUUCCUGGCGCAGACCAACGGGAACUACCUGGCCCUGUUCUCCGCUGUGUGGCCCUACCGGAUGAGCAGAAGGCGGCGCUACGAAGGGCACAAGGUGGAAGGCUACUCCGUGGGCUGCGAGUGCUCCCCGGACGGCGACCUGCUGCUGACGGGCAGCGCCGACGGCCGGAUCCUGGUGUACAGCUUCCGCACCGCCAGCCGCGCCCGCACGCUGCACGGGCACACGCAGGCUUGCGUGGGCGCCACCUUCCACCCCGUGCUGCCCUCCGUGCUCGCCACCUGCUCCUGGGAGGGCGACGUCAAGAUCUGGCACUGAGCCUCGCGGCGUGGAAGCUUCCCGAUGUCGGCCGGGCGGGCGGGCGGGCAUGUGCGAUGAGGACGGCCUGAGGUUGGCUUCAGGGCCAGGCUCGGCUGGAUGCUGCUUCCCCAUUCUCCGAGCCUCAGUGUCCUCCUGUAAAGUGGGAAUGAAAACCUUGUGUCUCAGGGUCCCGAGGACUGUGUGUUAGCAAAAGCACCUGGCGGGUUGCUGGCAAUGCUCAAUA